GCGCCCGCGCCGCCUCAGCGCAGCGCCCCGUCCGCUCCCGCCAUGCGGCUCUGGGUGCUGCUCUGCCUGCUGCUGCUGCUGCAGGGAACGCUGCCGCACGUUAUUGGACAGCCUGUGAAGAGUAAACGUCCAAAAGAACCCGGGGAAAACAAAAUUAAGCCUGUUAACAAAAAAGUAAAACCCAAAACCCUCAAAAUGAAGGAGAGAGAAUCUGCUGAUGCCUCUUUGAAGUCCCAGUCUAUACUGACACAGGUGAUGGAUAAAGGUCGUUUCCAGAAACUAGCUGCCACUUUAAGCCUGUCUGCAGGACAAAGCAUAGAACUGCGAUGUAAGGGGAGCAACGUUACUUGGAACUAUCCCUCAUACUUAGACACCUUUAAAGACUCCAGGCUCAGCAUAAAGCAGCUUGACAGGUACAGUCAGCUGAUCCUCACAAACUCCACUGCAGCAGACACAGGUGAAUAUAGCUGCUGGCUUCAGCUGUGCCAUGGUAACAAAUGCAGGAAGGAUGAGGCUAAAACAGGUUCAACGUACAUCUUUUUCACAGAUAAAGAGGAACUUUUUGUACCCACUCCCAGUUAUUUUGAGAUUGUCUACCUGAACCCAGAUAAAGCUGCAGUCAUCCCAUGCCGCGUUACCACUCCUUCAGCAAAAGUAACUCUGCACAGGGAAUUUCCAGCAGAAGAAAUUGAAACAGAUGGAACUGAUAUUAUUUAUGAUGCAAAGAAGGGUUUUGUCUACCAGUACCCUACUUCUGAUCAUAAAGGUAUUGUCUACUGCAAAGCAGAGUCGCAGGGAGCACCUCAGAUUUCCAUCAAGUAUCACCUCCUGUAUGUGGAAGUUCCCAAAGGCCCGCCCUCAACCACAAUUGCGGCGUCAUCCAAUAGAGCAGAAGUCAGCGACAGUGUUCAUGUCGUCUGCACAGUCCUGGGAGAGCCAGAUGUAGAUGUCAACUUCAGGUGGCAGUACCCAGGGCAAGAGUCUGAGAGGCCUGUGACUAUGCAAAACUUCUGGAGACUGAUAGACAGAGGAUCUGGACACACCAUGAGAAUCUCAAAGAGUGUUCUUCUUGUUGAGGAUUUUGAAGCCAGAGAUGCUGGAAACUACAUUUGUAUAGCUCAGAACCUACAAGGAGAAACAACAGUAGCUACAAAAGUUGAACUAAGUUAAUGGGAAAAGGCUUCAGGACAUGGAAUGAACUGUAUGUUAUUUGACGUUACAGCCACUUACUGUGUUUACUAAUCUUUAUAUGAAGUUUUCUGUAUUGCUGUCUCUUUCCAUAUGUCAAUGCAUUCCAUAUUCACUAGCUUGACAGGCCUAACAGGGUUCCAUAUGCCCAGCAGUAGGCAGAGGUAAUUACUAGAACUACUAUGAAGCGUUAUCGUUUAAGCCUGCCAAUGUAUAUGACAUUACAUUUAGGAAUAUAAACUUUCUUUUGCAUAUAGUGUUUCUUCUCCAACUCUUUAGAAGUUUAACCCUUUGUCCAGUUUGUGCCUUUUUUGUGUAUGUGACAACGGAGAGGACAUUAACAAUCCUCUGAAAUCCCCCAAGCAGGUGUAUCUUUCCCGGUGCUGUGCAAUUUUAAGAGUACUGCACAAAUUUAAACCACCCACCCAAAAACACCCAGGCACACACUGCCCCUGGUUACAGAAUUAGCCAACAGCAAAUGUUUACUUUGCAGAGUAAUUAAAUUUCUGAAUAUUAUGAUAA